AUAUAAAACAAUUAACAAAAAUAACUAUUUAUGCCAAACAGCUGCAAAUCGAAUAUAUUUAUUUAAAAGAAAAGGAACCAGUUGUUUAUUAUUCAGUAUGGUCUAUAAUAAACCAUUCCGCGUUUCGUUUUAAUUAAAUUAUCGAGCGCGCUUCUUUACGGACAUUUCUUCUUCUUCUUCUUGGAGAUGUAAAAGUGUGCUCAUAAAUUUUGCUCAAGGACUCAAGUUAAAGUGAGUAUGAGGUGGGCUGGCAGAUGCGGAUUCGAGCGAAUAGAGUUUAGAGGGAGGAGUCUGGGAAAGGUAGCGCUUCUUCAGCAUCCUUCAGCAUCUUUCCUGAGGAGCAUCCGAAGCUCCUGAGCUCAAUGAAUGGGACGCAAGUAUGCCGCCUGAAACAAGUUAGCAGAAAUUAUUAACGGCACGUCGGGAUUAUGAAUCUGGAUAAACCCUUUGAGACAUCUGUUGACUCGACAGAGGGUAUGACAUUUUGUGGACUCUUCCUCUCUCAUACCUGUCUUUCUGCUUCAGAGGGAACUGGGAAAAACUGUUAGUGAGUUUUCAUCUUUCUUGACUGAACUCUUCAACUUUGAGGAUGCCAGUUUCAAAAAGGGAACAAUCAAAGGACACGGGAGAUCCAUGUGCUCUCCCGAAGCUCCCCAUUCCCCCCUUGAAGCAAACACUGGACAUGUACCUGACAUGCAUGGGUCACCUCGUCCCAGAGGACCAGUUCAGAAAGACCAAGGCCGUUGUAGAGAAAUUUGGAGCACCUGGUGGAGUGGGGGAAACCCUUCAGAAAAAGUUACUGGAGAGAAGUGAACAAAAGGCCAAUUGGGUGUAUGAUUAUUGGCUUGAAGACAUGUAUUUGAACAACAGGUUAGCACUACCUGUCAACUCCAGUCCUGUUAUGGUCUUUCACAAGCAGAACUUCAAGGGUCAAAGUGAUGUCCUCAGAUUUGCUGCUAAUCUCAUUUCUGGUGUAUUAGAGUAUAAAGCUCUAAUUGAUGGACGUGCUCUCCCUGUAGAGCAUGCUCGUGGGCAGUUGGCCGGGACGCCCCUGUGUAUGGAUCAGUACAACAAGGUCUUCACGUCCUACAGGCUGCCAGGAACAAAAACAGACACUUUAGUGGCUCAGAAGAGCACAGUUAUGCCUGAACCCGAACAUAUAAUAGUGGCAUGUAAGAAUCAGUUUUUUGUUCUAGACGUGAUGGUAAACUUUCGCCGGCUGAAUGAAAAAGACCUUUACACUCAGCUGGAGCGAAUCAGAAAGAUGGCAGACAUCGAAGAGGAGCGUCAGCCUCCAAUCGGCCUGCUCACAUCAGAUGGCAGAACACAGUGGGCCGAGGCUCGCAACAUACUGAUCAAAGAUUCUACCAACAGGGACUCUCUGGACAUGAUUGAGCGCUGUUUGUGUCUGGUGUGUUUGGAUGAGGAAACUGCCACUGAACUGAAUGACAGCAACAGAGCUUUGCUAAUGCUUCAUGGAGGAGGAACGGACAAAAACGGGGGCAACCGAUGGUACGACAAACCCAUGCAGUUUGUAAUAGGUGCUGAUGGAUGCUGUGGCGUCGUCUGUGAACACUCUCCUUUUGAGGGAAUAGUGCUUGUGCAGUGUUCGGAGUAUCUACUGAGAUACAUGAGAGGAAGCCCUUCUAAGCUGGUGAGAGCAGCCAGCAUGAGUGAACUUCCAGCCCCCAGACGACUGCGCUGGAAAUGCUCUCCAGACAUCCAAACCUUCCUCUCAGCCUCAGCAGACAGAUUACAGAAACUUGUAAAAAACCUGGACAUGAAUGUCCACAAAUUCACUGGUUAUGGCAAAGAGUUCAUCAAGAGACAGAAAAUGAGCCCUGAUGCUUAUGUCCAAGUUGCGCUCCAGUUUACAUUUUACAGAUGUCAUGGACGUCUAGUGCCCACCUAUGAAAGUGCAUCAAUACGCCGCUUUCAAGAGGGACGAGUCGACAACAUUCGCUCCUCCACCCCUGAAGCCUUAGCAUUUGUCAAAGCUAUGGCCAGUGGCUCCAAAAUCACUGAUGCUGAGAAAAUGGAGUUGCUCUGGACUGCCAUAAAAGCCCAAACUAAUUACACAAUUCUAGCAAUCACAGGAAUGGCAAUAGACAAUCACUUGUUGGGGCUGCGAGAGAUUGCCAAGGAGCUGAAACUGGAAAAGCCAGAGCUGUUUUCAGAUACGACCUACGCAACCAGCAUCCACUUCACUCUCUCUACAAGCCAGGUUCCUACCACUGAGGAGAUGUUCUGCUGCUAUGGUCCAGUCGUCCCAAAUGGCUACGGAGCCUGCUACAAUCCUCAGACGGACCACAUCCUCUUCUGCGUGUCCAGCUUCCGUGAAUGUGCGGAGACCAGCUCAGAUUUGUUUGUGAAGACUCUUGAGGGGUGCCUGAAGGAAAUGCAAGAUCUGUGCAGAAAAUGCAACACUGAAGUUAAACCAGCUGACUCCACACAAAGGAUGGAGGGAAACCCUAAGGUAAUGAAGAAUGGAAGCAAGUCAUAAGACGCAGGAAUUAGUGUGAUUCUAAAAAGAGCUAAUUUUGUGAGAAAAUUCUAGCCUCAAAUAUAUAGAAAGGCUGAUUUAUUUAAUGCUUGCGCAACAUAGUUAAAGUAGGCAUUUCCCUUGAGUCUUUAAAAAAAUUGCCAAAUAUAAUGAUGAACAGUUGUUGCACAGAGAUUCUAUGAAUUUGUAGUCACUUUACAGUGGUAGAGAGUUGAUCUAAAAACUGGAAUUAUUUGGGAUUAUUUUAGCCAAAAAGAAAGUAUGGGGAUUUAAAAGGAGCAGAUGAAGCUCAGAUUCAUAGUAGCCUUCCUCAAAUUUGUAUGGCCAUGUGCACACUGUAAAGCUUCAGGAGUCACAACUGCAUUACAACAUGAGAACGAACAUGACUCACUAAAAAUUCUUGAUUGCCAAUUGACAUGCUAACCAUAGCAAUAUUCUGGUAUCUUGUGUUUUGAUAUAUCUGUUACUUCUGACCAAAGUAAUAUCACAGAUUUUUACAAGAUUCACUGUUGAAGUGUUGCCAUGUCUUCCGAUUAUGAGCCAGAGUUAUUAAAGAGUAGCUUAGUCAAAAAAAAAGAAAGAAAGAAAGAAAAAAGUACUAUUUUCUCACCCUCAAGUGGUUCCAAACCUGUAGGACUUUCUUUUUUCUGUUGUUUUUACAAUCACUAAAGACUUGCUCUUAUUUGCUUUUAUCUAGCAAGUUCUGGCUACCCAAAUCUGCCAAUACCUUUCCCUGAGAUUUCUGCAGCGCACAUAAGAGACAGAUAACUACAUAAUAUGUUUUAAGUAUCUUAUUAACUUGUUGUUUUCUUUGGUUAUGUACAAAUGGCUUAUGAUGUUUUUAAAUGUGACUGUCUACCAGCAGUUUUAAAAGGAAAUUUGGCUGUUCAACACAGUUGUCACUCCUGAAAAGUACUGUGGUGUAUAUAAAACAAGACCAGAAGUUUAAGAGACAACUCAAGUUGAAUUUUGUUCGUGCGUGGCCUUACAGUAGGAGUUACUUUCUUCUCUGGAAAACAAAAGACUAUUUUGAAGAAUGUUUGACUUGUUCAAAACAUAACUAAAGGAUGACUUUGUACUUGUCACCAGAAAGCAGACUGGGAAAUUAAAGUAGCUGCUUGAGCUUAGGGGGAAAAAGGACAUUACUGCUGCCUUUGAGAUACUGCAGGUGUACUUGUUAAGUAUGCAUAGAAACAAAAUGGCACUGUAUAUAGCUAAAGCUCUUUACAAUCUAAAAGUUUUUUUUAUUAGUUAUAUCAGAGUUGUUAUGGAUGUCUGUAUAGAUAUGAAUGAUGAACCUGUGGAACUGGACCAGAAGCUGCUAUUUAACUUUAUUAUUGUUUGUUGUUCUUUUAUUAAUCAAAGAUGUGUCUGUUUAAAA